UGUUUUUCUUUUUUUUUUUUUCUUUUUUCUUCUGUUCCAGUGGUGUCAGUGGACUCUCUGUGGACUCUGCUCUUCAGCUCAGUUUCUUCUCGUCGUUGCAGAAACACCGUCUGACAACGCCAACAUGUUCUUCGUCAAAAGCCUGGUCAAAGGCGUCAUUGAAGUCGUCAGUAACAUCGACCCUAAAGACUUCCAUUCUUCAGACCCUCCUCCUCCUCGACGUCCGCUGAACUUCGCAGAAGCUCACGAAAAUGAAGAAGAAAAACAGUUCAGAAGAGUUUUCCAUCAACUGGCAGGAGACGACAUGGAGGUGAGCCCCAAUGAGCUGAAGAACAUCCUGAACAAAGUCAUUAGCAAACAUGGAGGCCUGAAGACAGACGGUUUCAGCAUUGAGUCCUGCAGGAGCAUGGUCGCUGUCAUGGACAGUGACAGCACCGGUAAACUGGGCUUCCAUGAGUUCAAGUACCUGUGGAACAACAUCAAGAAAUGGCAGAGCAUCUAUCUGUCACAUGACACUGAUGGUUCAGGUGUGAUCAGCUCUAAUGAACUGCCCAGAGCCUUCAAGGCUGCAGGUUUCCCUCUGAACAACGAUCUGUACAAGCUGAUCAUCCGUCGUUACAGUGACGAACACCAGGACAUGGACUUUGAUAAUUUCAUCGGCUGCCUGGUCCGACUGGACGCCAUGUGCAGAGCUUUCAAGACUCUGGACAAGGACAACAGUGGAUCCAUUGAACUGGACAUUAAGGAGUGGCUUCAGCUGACCAUGUACUCCUGAAACAGACGGACAGACUUCAUCUCAUCCCUGACUCCGCCCACCUCCAUAUAUGGAAACUCCUCCAUCGAUAAUGGGACCAAAACACAAACUAAAGCUUGAUUUGAUCUGAAUAUGUUUAUGAAGAAUAAACUCAGAUGUUUAACAUGAA